AUGGCUAACAACGUGACCGCUACCAGAGAAGCUACAAGGCGUACUCACACUUACAGUUUCCAUCGCGAAGGCUUGAUUCAGUUGGGGCAAUUGGGUGGAUUGAUCACUGGUCAUAAUAAAACUGUAUUCACUGAGAAUUAUGGAAACAUCUUGACUCUUUUGGACUCACACGUCGACGAAUGGGAGAAACCUGAUUUGGACAACAUUGCCAACGCUCUUUAUUUGAGCAUAGGAGACGUCCUUGGGAAUUGGAAGAAGAAUGGUAACACCCAUGGUUUCUAUAUGAGUUUCUUGGUUGAGAAGGCCCAAGAGUUGGCCAACAAAAAGAUGUGGGAGGCUUUCAACGCCCUUCUGGCCGUUUUGAUCUAUGGGAUCGUGAUGUUCCCUAACAUUCACAAGUUCGUUGAUCUGGCCGCUAUAUGUCUUUUUGUGGAUAAGAAUCCGGUCCCUACUUUGCUAGCCGAUACGUACUAUUCUGUUCACUCUCGAUAUGGGAAAGGAGGAGCCAUAAGAAAUUGUUUGCCGUUGUUAUACACCUGGUUUAAGUCCCACCUACCUACAAGUGGUCCUUUCAUUACUUCUACUCAGAAAUGGCCUCAAAGGAUCAUGGGGCUUACUGGAAAUGACAUUGUCUGGUGUCCCACCGGAAUGGACGUGGAGAAAGUGAUAACUAGCUGUGACAAGCCUUUGGACAAAGAGAUAUUCGAAUCCGUUUGCUUUGAAAAGGGAACCAAUCCAAAGGGGCUAGAAAAAGUGAAGAGUGCCUGGAAUAGCAUCCAUACAGAUGAUCAGAUUUCUCUAGGUGAAAAGAAUGCCGUUGCCAAACAAGCCUACACAGAUUGGGUUGAAAAUAGAGUUAAAGAUCGCCUGUUGCCUUUCCCGAAGGUUAACCCAUUGUACGAGCAACCACCUAAGAUUCCAAUUGCCACUGUGCCUGCUGAGAAAUGUACCCAGGUAGAUAUGGAAAACACCCAAUUGCACGAAAAGAGAUCGGAUGCGCGACCAAAACAUUGUCUUGUGGACCAGAAAAGGGUUGAGUUGACACAUGAAGCCAAGAUGCUGAAAGAAGUUGGAUUCGUGGUUGUGAAUUCAUUGCUAUGUUUAGUUGAUGUUUGUCGUGAUGAUAGUUACGUUGAUUCUCGUUGUGAUUAUGAAGGAAAUGUUGUAGUUGUGGAUGACUUAGUUGUUAAUUUGGAUAAGUUAUUAUGA